UUGAUUUUGCACCGCAAUGCGUUCUUCGCCCGAUCAUCGGAGGUCUAGAUGUCGAUCAUGCAGAUUUUGGCGAUAUCAUUAGGUGAUGAACAGUGAUAUAUCUAGCACGAAUGCCAUCGUUAUACACCACCAACAUUCCCCACUGGUUCACUCACCCAUCCCUCGAAUAUGCCUGUGGUCUUAAAUGAUCCAAUUUAUUGGCCAUUAAUCGAUUCGAAUAUUUUUUUGAGCUAUUGGAUAGUUGCCGCUGCUGCUGUCGUAGUAUACGAUUGGGUACUAACAAUUGACCAAGAGAUUGAACUGAUCUGGAAGCAACGCUGGUCCUUCAUGACUGUGCUGUAUUUGGUUAUACGAUAUAUUGGAAUGCCGUUUUCUCUUAUGAAUUUUCUGCGAAUCAUGCCAUUAGUCUCGCUGACAGAUACAGUAAGCAAUAUUAUGACCAAUACACUGAAUUGGAUAAGUGUGGCCGUAGCUGCCAUGUUGGGCGCCAUCAUGACUAUUCGGUUGUAUGCCAUGUAUGAGAGAUCAAGAAUUAUGCUUAUGUUCCUUGUUAUUGUUUUCUUGGCUGUCAACAUUGCCUGCGGAGUAAUCACGGCAAUUGGACUCAAGAAUGACCCAGCAGUGGAAGUGAUACUCUCUGGUACACAUGUGUGCGAACCUGUUGGGACCGACCAGCUCCUCGUUUCAAUAGUUUGGAUACUCAACAGUGUUUGGGAGUUCCUUGCACUGUGUCUUGCACUCUGGAUUGCUGUGAAACAGUUCCGUGGCCUGCGACGACUCGACUUAUCGACAGGAUCGACCAUUGGGGACUGUUUCAGAGUGCUGAUACAAUCUCACGUGCUUUAUUUUGCAAGCUUCGCUGGUGUCUCCUGCCUCCAGCUUAUCAGUGAUCUCUCUCCAGCAAUAUUGAAUUCAGAUUCUAUCGGAGUUCGGGUACUCAUUGGGAUUCUUCAAAUUAUAUCGGUCAUACAGAUGUUUGUGCUGGGACCACGCCUCAUCCUUAGCGUUCGACAACUUAACGCCAAACUCGUGGUCGACUCCGCUGCAGAAACUUUUAGCAUGAAUUCGAUUGUCUUCCAGAAGCAUGUACAUGUGUCAACUAGCAGUACCAUCUAGGGACGUACUUACUGAGUGGUCUGCAGGGAGAAGACGUUUUGUGGAGGAUCCGUCGUGGUAUUUAUUUAACGUAUGGUGUUUAUUUAACAUAUGGCGUUUCGAAGUAUGUCUAUAUUUCUUGUUGCAUCACUACUAAA